AUGAAGAAAUCUGGUGUUCUAGCUGGUGCCGCUGCAAUUCUCGCAGGGAUUCAUCAAAUAGAUUUGAGCAAACUUGUUGAUACAACACCCUGCAUCGAGAAGUUUCUGAAUCGGUGGCGUCAAGGGGCUAUGGAAAUCCUUGCAAACAUCAGUCCCGACCAUCCCAGCUAUCUGGCGGUUCAACGUUUGAAUCUGCCUUUCUUAUGCGAAGAAUCUUAUCGAUUACAGUCGUUCCUCUUUCCUGACGGCGUGGCAGAGACACCAGUAACACGACUAGCCUUUUGUCACAACGAUAUCCAAGAGAAUAACAUCAUGGUCACCAAGACGUGCAUGCGUUUAAUCGAUUACGAAUACAGUGGAUAUAGUUAUCCCGCGUAUGACAUUGCAUCGUAUUUCUGGGAAAUGACAUGUGACUACUGUGUUGACUCGUAUCCAUUCUUCCAUAUUGACCCAACGCGCUAUCCAUCGAUUGAGAAGCGUCGUAUCUUCAUUGCUAUGUACUUGAGCAAGUUGUUACGGACGAGCAUUAAAACAAGCGAUCACGACAAAAUCGAUCCGGUUCUUGAUGCUGUUGAGCGCUUCCAACUUGCAUGUCACAUGUUGUGGGGAUUUUGGAGUGUUAUUCGCGCUCCUCAAGCAGCUACUGCGACGUCCUUUGACAUGUUGUAUUAUGGCCAAAAAAGGGUGGAUGCAUAUUGGACACAAAAGGCGAAGCUGAUAGCUGCUGGUGUAUUACCGGACUCCAAAGGUAAUUCACUCUCGGUUGGUUUUUUAACAGUUCUUUAUUUUCAGGCCGGUGGGGAUGCCAAAGUGCCACCGAUAAUGACAGCGCUGAUAAUGAGAGCAACAGCACCGCCCACAAUUACCAGCAUUUGA